GACUUUUUCCAUAGAGGAGAAUCAGAAGCAAGGAACAACUAAGGGAGGCUGAAUUUUAAAUUUCUCAGUUUGUUUUUCUGGACCUUCAAACCUCAGGUGAUCAGCAGAAGCAGAUAAAAAGUCCUGAAGUAGUCUUUCCUGUCCAAAGAUGGAAAAUAGUACCACUACCAUCUCUCGGGAGGAGCUUGAAGAACUGCAAGAAGCAUUUAAUAAAAUAGAUAUUGAUAACAGUGGGUAUGUUAGUGACUAUGAACUUCAGGACCUAUUUAAGGAAGCAAGCCUUCCUCUUCCUGGCUACAAGGUACGCGAGAUUGUGGAGAAAAUUCUAGCAGUUACUGACAACAACAAAGAUGGCAAAAUCAGUUUUGAAGAGUUUGUGUCACUAAUGCAAGAGUUAAAAAGCAAAGAUAUCAGCAAAACAUUCCGAAAAAUAAUUAACAAGAGGGAAGGGAUUACUGCUAUUGGAGGAACUUCAUCCAUUUCCAGCGAGGGCACACAGCAUUCUUACUCAGAGGAAGAAAAAGUGGCUUUUGUUAAUUGGAUAAACAAAGCCCUAGAGAAUGACCCUGACUGUAAGCAUCUUAUACCUAUGAAUCCCAACGAUGACAGCCUUUUCACAUCUCUUGCAGAUGGCAUCCUUCUCUGCAAAAUGAUCAACUUAUCUGAACCAGAUACAAUUGAUGAAAGAGCCAUUAAUAAGAAAAAGCUCACUCCUUUUACUGUUUCUGAAAAUCUAAACCUAGCCCUGAAUUCUGCUUCAGCCAUUGGUUGUACAGUGGUCAACAUUGGUGCACAGGACCUCAAAGAAGGAAAACCUCACUUGGUUUUGGGACUUCUCUGGCAGAUCAUCAAAGUUGGUCUUUUUGCUGAUAUUGAGAUUUCCAGGAAUGAAGCUUUGAUUGCAUUGCUGAAUGAAGGUGAAGAACUGGAGGAGCUGAUGAAGCUUUCUCCAGAGGAGUUACUUCUGCGGUGGGUGAACUACCACCUCACCAAUGCAGGAUGGCGCACUAUCAGCAACUUCAGCCAAGACAUUAAGGAUUCAAGAGCAUAUUUUCAUCUGCUUAAUCAGAUUGCCCCUAAAGGUGACCGAGAAAAUGGAACUGCCAUUGCCAUUGACCUUUCAGGAUUUAAUGAGAGAAAUGACCUGAAGCGUGCUGAAUUCAUGCUUCAAGAAGCAGAUAAACUAGGCUGCAGACAGUUUGUUACUCCUGCUGAUGUGGUUUCAGGCAAUCCUAAACUUAAUUUAGCCUUUGUAGCUAAUCUUUUUAACACAUAUCCAUGCCUACACAAACCUGAUAAUAAUGACAUCGAUAUAAAUUUAUUGGAAGAUUUGACCCCUCCUAAUGUAGGAGAGAGCAAGGAAGAGCGGACUUUUCGGAACUGGAUGAAUUCCUUGGGGGUCAACCCAUAUAUUAAUCAUUUGUACAGUGACCUUGCAGAUGCUCUAGUGAUCUUUCAGCUCUAUGAAAUGAUUCGAGUGCCAGUUGACUGGAGCCAUGUCAACAAACCUCCUUAUCCUGCUCUUGGAGGAAACAUGAAGAAGAUUGAAAACUGUAACUAUGCAGUGGAGCUUGGGAAGAAUAAAGCAAAAUUCUCCUUGGUUGGUAUUGCUGGGCAGGACCUAAAUGAAGGGAAUUCAACACUUACUCUGGCAUUGGUAUGGCAGCUGAUGAGAAGGUAUACAUUGAAUGUGUUAUCAGAUCUUGGAGAGGGUGAAAAAGUAAAUGAUGAAAUUAUUAUUAAAUGGGUCAACCAGACUCUUAAAAGUGCAAACAAAAAUACUUCUAUUUCCAGCUUCAAGGAUAAAUCUAUUAGCACAAGUUUACCAGUUCUAGAUUUAAUAGAUGCCAUUGCACCAAAUGCAGUUCGUCAAGAAAUGAUCAAGAGAGAAAACCUUUCUGAUGAGGAUAAACUGAACAAUGCUAAAUAUGCCAUUUCAGUUGCUCGAAAGAUUGGUGCUCGGAUUUAUGCAUUACCUGAUGACCUCGUAGAAGUAAAACCAAAGAUGGUUAUGACGGUGUUUGCAUGCUUAAUGGGAAAAGGACUGAACAGAAUAAAAUAAUGAAACUAAUAUGGUCGUCUGCCACAUUAAACACAUUGAAUGCCUCACAGUUUACAGAAUUAUGAAAUGUAGUGGGUAUCAAAUCAGAGAUUUGUAUGUUUAAAAUAGAUGUAUUCAUUAAUGAGUUUGACAUCCUAUUCAUAUUAGUUAGAAUUAUCAUCUUUUUGGAUAACAUCAUUUACUUACCAAUAACAUACUGACAGUAGAAUGUUUGUUAUUAAACUGAUAUUUCAUGAUUAAAUUACUUUUGUUUCCUAAAAGUCUUAAAAGGCAAGAUUAAUUCAUUCUUUUUCUAUAGUUAAAAAAAUCAGUAAAAAAACAGUUUUCUCUUGUUUUGCAGGUUCUGCUGUGAAUGUGUUUUGACUUCUUUGGUGUGUUAUUUAGUUGUGAUCUAAUGUAUUCAAAGUCAUAAUCCAGUCUAAUCCUUUUAUUUUUUCUCCAACUAUGUAAAGUGGUCUAAAAAUUUAACUUUCUAUAAAUUUCUAUACUGUUUAAAAUUUUAAAGUGGCAAGUAUUGUUCAUUAAUAUUAAAACUUUUUUACAAAUGAGAACUAAUCUUAAAUAAAUCACAAAUUUCAUUCUCUUGUUUAAGGAGCAGGAGCUUUUUCUUUAAAGCUUAAUUUUAACUGUAUUGCUACUUUAAACUCCUAGUUCAGUAAUGCAGCUUUAUCUAUGGCAUGUAGCAUAUACUAUAUGUUUGUAGGACGUUAUUAGAGAAAUAUGUGCAUGUGUACAUGUUUUGUACUUGAAUUACUCAGUUUUGCUUAAAUGGUAUAUAUAAUCAGUCAAUCAGCCAACAAGUAUUUAUUUUGUCCCCACAAUAUAUGUAACACUCCCCUUUGUGGAUGUCUGAUAUGUGAAUAUUUCUUUUACAAAUACUCAUUAUGAAUGUGCAUAUAGUUAUUUCUCACCUGAUUCCUUCCAAAUACUUGUAGCGAGACAUUGGCUAAAACAGGUGGAUACUAUCCUGUUAGCUUCAUAUACCAAUAGUAGUUUAGGUGUAUAAUUAAACCUAUAUAAUUUAGAAGAUAUUCAGUAGGCAUAUUCUAUUAGUAAAAGUAACAUAAAGCUAAUAUUCAACAAGAGUAUUUUUACGUUUCUUUCACAGUCUCCUAUAAAUUGGCAAUGUUUGUUUAAUGUUUGUGUUACUUAGGGGUACCUAAAGCUUGAGACCCAUUUUUUUUCACUGAAUUUUAACAGUAGGCUAUUCUACUGCUUACAAUAGAAUCCAAAAAUCUACUUCCUCCAUCCCCCACUUUCAGUGCCAGUAAGCAAUACUGCUAUGCAACAAAAAUGCUGUCACUUUAUCUCAGUGUGAAUGAAUAGUUUAAAUCCUCCUCCUCCUACUGAUUAAAACAAUCAUGGUAAGAGUGAGAGUGACUUUGUGUUUAGAAUAGAAUUUUUUAAGUGAAAUGAUCAGUAGGUGUAAUUUUGAAAUAUAUUCUUCUACAAGAGAUUUCUUUCCCUUUUAUAUUUUGAUGAUUGUUUUCUUAUAUGAAAAUUAUGGUAUGUUAUAUGAAAAUUAAGGUAUGUUCUCUUUUAUGACAUUAUUUAAAUCAUGCUUCCCUCUUUGAUUUUUUUCAUAUUUACUAAGCUAUCUGAUUUAAAUGAAAUUUGGCACUUCAGAGAGUUCUUUUUCCUCCAAAGUAUAUUUAAUAAAACUGCUGUGUAUGUAGAAA